AUGAAGGAGAGGCUGUCUAACGAUCAGACGUGGUGUACGCCAAUACCGCACGACAGGAAGGUGUCGACGGUGCGGGAUUUUUAUCAGGCGUUCCACGAUGCGAGCACGUUGCCGAUACGGACCUGCAUGAUGUGCUACCGCAAGCGGCGGCCGCUCACCAUUUUCAUGCCGGAGCUGCUUUCCGAAGGCGAGCCCGUGUCGGGACUCACGCUGGUCGAAGAGAAGCUCGUCUCGCUCAACUCCUGCUAUGGGCACGUCAAGGGCCACAUCACAGUGUUUCCCAACAACGUGCAGGAGCUGGCGACCAGGUGCUCCCGCACCCCUUUGCAAGCACUGGACGAGAUCCACGUUUCGUGGCAGGGCGUGGAGAAGCCGGCACCGAGCGACCUGUCGAGUCUCUUGUCGGUGAGGCGGCGGGUCGUCGAGAGGGCUCUUGUUUGGCUGAAGAGGAGCAACCCCCACUACGCCGAGAUCGAGAUCGACGUGGCGGAGAUGGAGAGUUGGGGAGACCCGAUAGACGGGGUGCCGGCCUUGGUGUAUGAUCGCAUGGAGCGGAACGAGCCGUCCGCAUGGGAGAAAACGCGGACGGCGCACGUUGUGCCGCCCACGGAGCGCGCCAUGGACGACGAGGGGUCGGUGGAGAUCGAGGAACUCUUCGCUCUGCUCAACCAAAGGCAGGAAACGGGAGGCGAGGCUGAAGGGCACGGGCCCAACGAAGAAGGCGCGGGUCGUGAUGGAGUUGGUGCUAGCCCCGAUCAGAACGUUCGACCAAUCAACGAGGUGACGUCUUCCGGCAUGUUUGGGCUGGACGGACCGCCAGACGUGGCGGAUGUCGAGAAGCUGCGCAUGCUGAGUGUGGCGAGGAAGGACUUCGGCAAGGUCGAGCGCGUUGCCCGCUCGAUGACCGCGCAAAGGUUAGCGGCGGCGAGGGUCGAGUUGGAGAGCUCGGGCAAGACGACCGAUGAGGGCGUGAAGGAGCUUCUCAGGAGCCUCUCGCUGUACGGCCACCGGCAACCCAUGUCGAGAGAGGUUCGGCUCAAUAUGCGGCGGAAAAUCCAGUCGCUCAUCGUUGGCUACGGCGUUCCGGCCAUCUGGUUCACCAUCAACCCAAACGACAUUACGAACCCGGUGAAGCUGCGACUGGCGGCAUAUCGGACACGCGAUCCCGGCGCGGCCGAGGAGUUCCUAGAAGGCCUUGGGAGUGCGUACAAGCGGACAAGGCUGGCCAUGUCCGAUCCGAUGAGCGCCGCCGUAUUCUUCCACCGGGAGAUGAAGCUGUUCUUCGAUCAUUACGUGAAGGUCGGAGAAGAGUCGGUAUUCGGGCGCAUCGGCAAGUACUAUGGCGCUGUGGAGACCAACGAACGAGGGCGCUUCAUGUUCACGGCUUGCUCUGGUUGCACGGAAACGCGCAUCUCAGCUCGAUGCUUGCCGACAUCCACGGGGAGGAUCAGGCGGCGUAUCGCGAGCGAAUCAUACGAUACGUCGAUAGUGUCUUCUCCGAGGAUCUGGAUCAGGAAGGGUUCUGCGCCGUGCAAGCGGAGCGAUCUGUGA